UCUGUCCCUCAGCUUCAUUAUAUAAGAGCCUGACGCAACGAUGUGCCAAACACAGCAAGUGAUCAGAGCCUUCCAUAUCAACUCUGUCUUCUUCCUCUUCCCACCCGAUUAAAUCUCUGCUUCACAAUCUCCAAGAUGUCGUUCAACCCUAAUGACGUGGAUCUCGAUACAGCCGAUCCGACUCAGAUCAUCUGCUAUCUCAACGCAUCCGAAAACGACUACAAUGGCCACCUGGGCGCCCGCAUCUCGGCCAUUUUCGUCAUCUUCAUCGUAUCGACUGCAGUGACCUUUUUCCCAGUUAUCGCCAAGCGCAUGCCCAGGCUUCACAUCCCACUCUACGUCUACCUCUUCGCUCGCUACUUUGGUGCUGGUGUCAUUAUUGCAACCGCCUUCAUCCACCUUCUGGACCCCGCAUAUUCCGAGAUUGGCCCUCAGUCAUGUGUCGGCAUGACCGGGAACUGGGCCGACUACUCUUGGUGCCCUGCGAUCGUCCUGACCUCCCUCAUGAUGAUUUUCCUCCUUGACUUUGGCGCUGAGCGUUAUGUCGAAGUCAAGUACGGCGUCUGCAGAGAGGAUCCGGAACCGAUCAUGACCAGCGCAGUCGACAACUCCACUGUGCAAAAGGAAUCAGCUGGAAAUGCUCGGAAGGGCGAGGCGGAUGUGGAAGAAUUGUCGACAAGUGAUACUUUGAUUGAGAGAUCUUUCAGGCAGCAGAUCGCCGCGUUCCUCAUCCUCGAGUUCGGUGUUAUCUUCCACUCCGUCAUCAUUGGCCUGAACCUAGGUGUUACGGGUAGUGAGUUCGCAACUUUGUACCCGGUCCUUGUUUUCCACCAGUCAUUCGAGGGUCUGGGUAUCGGGGCUCGGAUGUCGGCCAUUCCUUUCCGCAAGGGCAGCUGGUUGCCUUGGGUCCUCUGCGCCCUGUACGGAUUGACCACACCCAUCUCGGUCGCUAUUGGACUGGGGGUCAGAACCACCUACAACUCUGGUUCUUACACGGCCAACGUGGUCUCCGGUGUUUUGGAUGCCAUCUCCGCCGGUAUUCUGAUCUACACUGGUCUGGUCGAGCUCUUGGCCAGAGACUUCAUCUUCGAUCCUCACCGCACCCAAGACAACAAGCGACUGGCCUUUAUGGUCAUCACCAUGCUGUUUGGUGCCGGUAUCAUGGCCCUUCUUGGCAAGUGGGCCUAAGCUGCCACAACCAUGUGCUUUGUAUAGGUGUAUCGCUUCUUGUCAAGAUUCCCGGCGCGAACCCUGUUACUCCCCAAGAUAUCCAUUGCUUCUGUCUUCUUAUGCUCAUAACCCC